UCCUUUAAUUAAAUCGUUUCAAGCGUGAGUUGAGAUUGGCAGAGAUUUUUUUAUCAACAUGUGCGUUGGACGGCUCCGGCUUUUAUAUAUUGUGCUAUUAAUAUUUUCGGUUAUAAAGAAUGGAUCUACAAAUGUUCGGAUUAAUAACCUUCUCCAACUACUAUCAAAUGCCAAUGUGAAACCACCUUUCAUAGCAAUUCUCUAUCCACAAGGGAAAAAUACAAGGGAAAGUAAUUAUCUCAAAACUGAAGUGGAUCUUACUGACGAUAUCGUUCCAGAAAUUGACUCUUUGGAUCCACCACAUGAUGAGAAAGCUUAUUUACUGUACCAUGUGUUAAGGACCACCGAAGAGCGAGAGCACAUAGACCCGGAAGCAGCUAUGAAAUUCGAGCAGACCAAAGAUAUACUCCGUCAAGCUCUGCGCAAAAGAUGUAACCAAUUAAACUCAUGCUACUCUGAAUGUCCUAAGAAACAAACAAGGCAUUUUAAGUGCACUAUGGAAUGCCAAGAAACGUAUGACAACUACGAUGUAUGCCAGGACCAGGAACAGGAGAAAACAUGUAAGAGACCGAAAUGUGGAAAAACUAUGCCACCUAAAUGGUAUCGCCAUAAAUAAUAAUAACAAAUAAAAUGGGAUUA